GGUUCCGGUGCCGCGCAGCAUGGUGGGAGUGGGAAGGCCAGGAGAUGGGAUGGUGGGUGAGGAGGCGGACGAGGCCGAGGUCCUCGACUGCUUCCGCGCCUACUCGGAGAACGAGAAGCACUGGCAGGCCCGGCGCGCCUUCCUACUGCGCCACCUGCCUGCCGACGGCAUGCCCGCCGCUUCGCGGCUCGACCAGCUCCUCGCGCUCUCCAUGGUCUGGGCCAACCACGUCUUCCUGGGCUGCAGCUACAGCCGGGACCUCCUGGACAAGGUGACGGACAUGGCUGAGGGGAUCACGGUGGAAGACGCCCCCCGGUUCACCACCAGGGACGAGCUGAUGAGGAAGCAUCAACGUUAGUGCAUGGGAGCAGAAGUUUCAAAUUUCCGUCAAGACACAGGAUCGGUUUAAAGGAGGAUCCAGUUUUAACUGAACAUACUGUUUCUAAAAGGACUCUCAAUAUGAUGGACAUUCGAGAAAGGACUGCUUCUUAUUUUUUGUCUUUUUUUAAACUCCCAAACCAGCUUAUGGUAGAUGUCCAUGAUCAAAACUUUUAAAACUGAGAAAAUUGGGUUUUUAAACAGGUUUACAAUCUCAGAUUUGGAGAUCAAAGAAAACA